UAUGUCGUCGUCGUCGUGGCCUCCUUAGUUGUCCGCAAGUUGGAACUUGGGCUCCUGCGUCCUAGUAGAAUUUCUGAACGUUGCGGAUCAACUCUCGAUCAUAUCUUGGAGACUUCCACUCGAUCAAGCGAAUAUUCCUGUGAGGUUCCGCUUGCACUGCGGCAGGAAGACGCUCGAUGGCUUCUAGAGCCGGAGCAUACGUCCAGGGAACCGAUGGCAGCGAUUUUCAACACCGGCAACGGGUUGCAGCCCAUUACCAAGCGAGCGCAGCUUACAAAUCCCGGCUAAAGAUGUCAAUAUUCUGCCACGGGAUACUCGCAAUAAUCCUCCUAGCUAAGGUCUCAGAAGAUAUUCUGGAUCGAUUAGACAUUUUCAUAUUGUCCCUGCAAGAGCUCUACGUUCCAAAGCCUCUCCCGUGGGAAUGGUGGUGGCUAUUGUCGGUUCCGAUCGCAAUUUUGGGACUAUCAGCGAUCCGGAAAAAUAAUGCUUUUUCCAUGAAGAUCUACUUCUCGGGAACGUUCACUUUCGGCGUCGUACCUAUCCUGGCGGCGGCGUUCAUUUAUUUCGGCGAAAUGUACGAAUACGUACAAACGAAGAAGAAUGUCGUUUUGUGGCAAGGAUAUCCCGUCGCUGUCUUGUGGUAUAUAUUCAUCGUUCUUGCCACACAGGUUCAUGCAUUCUCGUUGUAUUUUGCUCUACGACUGAUACUCGCAUGGCAGCGCACGACCGCUGCCCGGAAAGGGAACUGAGAGCUGUCUUUAUUUAUGAAGCAAGUUGAAUGUGUGCAUGGUGAUACGAAUGCUGCGUCCGAGCGGAAGAAGAAUAAAUUUCUAUCUUUGUAAUAUGUUCCAUAAGAAAG